CAGACUUCAAGAACAGUUGGUGAGCGAGAAGGGACAGUGACAAGAAGAAUAACAGGACCUUUCUUAUUUUUCCACUGAAACCAUGGGUUGGCAUGAUGGAUGUGUGCGUUGUAUGGUUGGGGUUCCAUUUGCUUCCAUCAUAGCCACAGUUCUUUGUUUUGCUGGAGUGGCUCUGUUCUGUGGAUGUGGCCAUGAAGCUCUUAGUGGAACAGAGAAACUGAUUGAAACAUAUUUCUCCAAAAACUACCAGGAGUAUGAAUACCUAAUUCAUGUGACCAAUGCCUUCCAGUAUGUGAUCUAUGGAACUGCAAUCUUCUUCUUUCUGUUUGGGGUUCUGUUGCUAGCAGAGGGAUUCUACACCACAACUGCCAUUAAACACAUUUUGGGAGAGUUUAAGCCCCAAGGAAUGAAGGGUGGGCUCAUUUCCACUGUGACUGGUGGUCCACCCAAAGGGAGAAGCUCCAGAACAAGGCAGCCUGUGCACACCAUAGAGCUGCUCUGCCGUUGCCUUGGGAGAUGGCUAGGACACCCUGACAAGUUUGUUGGGGUCACUUAUGCUGUAACCAUCCUGUGGAUCCUGAUCUUUGCCUGUUCUGCUGUACCUGUCUACAUUUACUUUAACACAUGGGUAACGUGCCAGUCCAUUGCUGUCCCAGGAAAGACUUCAGCCAGCAUAAGUACUCUAUGUGCCGAUGCCCGGAUGUAUGGGGUUCUUCCAUGGAAUGCCUUUCCUGGGAAAGUGUGUGGAACAAGUCUUCUAGCAAUAUGCAAGACAAGUGAGUUCCAGAUGACAUUCCACCUUUUCAUUGCUGCAUUUGUGGGUGCAGCUGCAACUCUUGUGGCCCUGAUACACGCCCUCAUGUGUCUGUCGGCCAACAGGGUGUACCAUCAGCACGCCCUAGAGACGGGGAAAACCCGGGAGACUCCACAUGCUGAGACCUCAGAGCUCACUGAGAUUCUUCCAGAGCCCCCCCAAAGGAGCGCAGAGAACCUGGUGUAAAGCACCUCUUUUGUUUGGGGUGUUCCAGGAUGGGAAAACAACUUUUAAUUGGCAACUUUAUUUAUGAGAUGGGGCACUUUUAUUUAUACUAUACCAGUUUAAUAGAUGAUGCACAUUAGUUCUGUUGAUGCUUCUUCUUUAUUUUUUUAAGGUUACAAAGUUCCUGAGCAUGUGUGUUAACAAAUGUUAAAAGAUCUCUCAUACAAUACUAAAUCCAAUGAAUGAUCCUAACAUAGCUAAAACAGACAUAAACCUUGUGCAUGUGUAUUCCUUUUAUUUUCCCAUUAUUAUUGUAAUUAUAUUAUUCUAUCAUCAUAGGUGCUCAUUAUCACACCCAUUUUGUUUAUCAACAUGGUUUCAGAAACUAUGCAUUAGUAUUGCUUGCAUUAUUAACAACUAAAUUUCAGCAUACACCUUUGUGUCACAGGAACAAUAGGGCCAAUUGACAAAACAUCUGGUUUCUAUUUAAUAAACAUCUUUGAACAAUGGAAGUGAACACAUAAUAUAAAAAUAUUUAACACUUACUACAUCACACUUUUUGCCUCCAUCUAAGAUAUUUGUGAUAAUAGCAUUUCAGAAGAAUUGCGUUGAGCAAAAUAGCUCAUUUGCUUGUAGAGCCUGGGAAGCGUACAGCCAUCUAGAGUUAGAAGUACAACCACCCACUUGGUUUGGAUAGGAUUUCAGUCUUUCUCUAAAUUAUGAUGACAAAAGUAAGAUCUGCAUGAAACUCACUAUCACCAGUGGAUGUCAGAGCCAGCAAAUGUUAAAAUAAAUAAAUAAAACUUAAAAAGCAGAA